CUGUUCCCCCAAAAAACAUCAUUCGACCAUUUCCUAUGGCAACGAAGAAUUUCUCAUGUUCAGGAACUCAGCUGCAAACACAACUUUUGCGUACAAUGUUUAGCCCAAUAUACAGGAACCCUAUGUCCCGCCCCAAUUUGCGCUGGCACAAGAUCAUCUGAUGUUAUCGUCGAUGAAAUGGCCGGAAACACAACGACGCAGAUUGCCUUUGGGUCUCAUACAAUGUCCGUAUUAGACUUGGAAGAUAGACAAAGAUGUGAUGCCCGACGAGGAGCAUUCGCAUGCGUGAAUGUGGCCAGAAUGCAUCUUAUCAACUGCCGACAUCGAAUUUGCUAUGAUUGUUUAACCGAGAAGAUAGAGCAGAAUGUACACAACAACAAAUUAUUUCGCAAAGUAAACAUAGACCUCUGUCUUUAUAAAGGAGAAACCUCACUGUAG